AUAUAAAAAACUUACCGGAACGUAUUUUAAACAUUUUAUAUAAAUCUAUUGCAAUAAAUACUACUGCUUUUGAGGGCGAGCCAAAAAAUGGAAAAAUCAAUUUUAUAGGUUCAAAAACCGAAACUGCUUUACUACAACUUCUUUUGGAUUUAGAUGUAAAAAAUUAUAAACAGUUAAAAGGGGAUGCCAAAAUUAUACAAUUUUAUCCGUUCAGUUCUGAUCGAAAAGCUAUGGGUCUUGUAGUUCAAGAAGAUUCUUAUUAUAGAUUUUAUGUUAAAGGUGCUAGUGAAACACUGCUUCAAAAAUCGCAAGCUAUAAUCGAUACCAAUUCAGGUAACGAAACUGAAUUGACUGAUCAUGACAGAGAUGCUAUUCAACAAAUAAUAAGAUAUUAUGCUAGUCGAAGUUUAAGAACUCUCGCAAUAGCAUAUCGUGACUUAGAACAAUGGCCCCCUGAUGGUGUAUCUUUAGAUCCUGAGGGUGAGAUAAAAUUUGAAGAUUUAAUGGUGAAUAUUACGUUAUUGUGUAUUGUUGGUAUCGAGGACCCUUUGAGAGAAGGUGUUCGAGAAGCUGUUGCUGAUUGUAGAAACGCCGGAGUUAAAGUUCGUAUGGUUACUGGUGAUAAUGUUUUGACUGCAAAAUCUAUUGCAGAACAAUGUGGUAUUUAUACAGCAGAUGGUAUAGUGAUGGAAGGUCCUGAAUUUCGUAACUUAACACCUGACAGAAUGAAAAAGAUUCUUCCAAAACUUCAAGUUCUUGCAAGAUCUAGUCCAGAAGACAAAAAAAUCUUGGUUGGAAAAUUAAAAGCGGAAUUCAAUGAUAUCGUUGCUGUAACUGGUGAUGGUACUAAUGAUGGUCCCGCACUAAAAACCGCUGAUGUCGGGUUUUCUAUGGGUAUUUCCGGUACAGAGGCUGCCAAAGAGGCAUCAUCUAUCAUUUUAAUGGAUGAUAAUUUUUCGAGUAUAGUAAAAGCGAUAAUGUGGGGUCGUUGCGUAAAUGAUGCAAUUAAAAAGUUUUUACAAUUCCAACUCACAGUUAAUGUUACUGCUGUCCUACUUACAUUCAUAUCUGCAGUAUCUAGUGAUGAACAGAGAUCAGUUCUCACAGCAGUACAAUUAUUAUGGGUGAAUCUUAUAAUGGAUACAUUCGCUGCUCUCGCUCUUGCUACAGAUCCACCAACUCCACAAUUAUUGAAACGUAAACCUGAGAAUCGAGAUGCACCUCUAAUAACUCCUCAAAUGUGGAAGAUGAUUAUUGGACAAAGUAUCUUUCAACUUGCAAUCACAUUAAUUUUAUUCUACGCUGCUGAUGAUAUAGUAGGUCGUGGAUUAGACCAAAAUACCGAAGAAGGCCGAUCUACGUUAGCUACGAUUGUUUUUAAUACAUUUGUAAUGUUACAGAUUUUUAAUGAAAUCAAGUAUGUUGUUUUUGUUUUUCAAAAAUGGGUUAAACAGUUCUUUAAAUUUUAUUUAACACCUACUCCUCUUAUAAUAGUUGUCGAAACCUUGAUGAAAAGUCAAUUUCUAAUAAUUCACUUUGGAGGGUCUGCAUUUCAAACAACACCAUUGAAUUUUAUUCAAUGGUUAACUUGCAUUGGAUUGGGUGCUUUAUCACUACUUGUUGGUGUAGUCAUCCGAUUAAUUCCUAUUGAAAAGUUGUUCUCGUAUAAGCAACCGAGGAGAGCACCUACUCCUUCUCCUGGUGAAUCAGCAGUAACCAGCUGGCAAAAACAACUAAAGUUUUUCAAAGCACUUCGAGGUGGUGGACGUUUUAGAUCACAUUUUGGGCCAGUUGCUAAAAACCAACAAGCAUUUGCAGGUGUUGCGGUGGUACCGAGUUUAAUGGUAUCUGCGGUUGGUGUACCAUUGUCGAUACAAAAUGAAAGUCAAGAAAAAGAUAAUUCGAAGGUAUCACAGAGAUCAAUACCAGGUCCAAUACCAUCGCCACGAGAAGAAAUUGAUGAAUCCGAUAAAAGUUGA